GGGGGUGGCGACGAAGGGCGCUGGCGCGGCACUCCAGCUGGGAGCAGAGAGCCGCGGGGUGGUGCGAGGAACAUCUUCCAGAACCUUCCUCUGUCCAGGGCUAAGUUCUGAGCCAGGCGCUGCCUUCGUAUUAGGAGGCGACCCCCGGGUCGCGGGAUGGAAGCGUGCACCCGCGAGGCUGUGUAACCGGAGCCGCAGGAAGCAGCGGGUCCACAGCGCGGCGGGCACCCCGGCCCUACUCGUGGAUGUUGACCGCCCCCUCGGAGAGUCCCCGCAGACAUGGCUGAGAGCUGGCUGCGCCUCUCGGGAGCGGGGCCGGCAGAGGAGAGCGGGCUGGAGGAGUCCGACGCCCUGGAUGACAGCCUGACCAGCCUGCAGUGGCUGCAGGAGUUCUCUAUUCUCAAUGCCAAGGCCCCCACCCUGCCCCCGGGGGGCACUGACCCCCAUGGCUACCACCAGGUUCCAGGUUCCGUGGCGCCUGGGUCCCCCCUGGCGGCAGACCCUGCCUGCCUGGGGCAGCCGCACACGCCUGGCAAGCCCACAUCUUCGUGCACCUCUCGGAGCGCACCCGCAGGGCUGCAGGCCCCGCCCCCAGACGACGUAGAUUACGCCACCAACCCACACGUGAAGCCGCCCUAUUCGUAUGCCACGCUCAUCUGCAUGGCCAUGCAGGCCAGCAAGGCCACUAAGAUCACCCUGUCGGCCAUCUACAAGUGGAUCACGGACAACUUCUGCUACUUCCGCCACGCUGAUCCCACCUGGCAGAAUUCCAUCCGCCAUAACCUGUCCCUGAACAAGUGCUUCAUCAAAGUGCCUCGGGAGAAGGAUGAACCAGGCAAGGGCGGCUUCUGGCGCAUUGACCCCCAGUAUGCAGAGCGGUUGCUGAGUGGGGCCUUCAAGAAGCGGCGGCUGCCCCCAGUCCACAUCCACCCUGCCUUUGCCCGCCAGGCUGUACAGGAGCCCAGGGCCACCACCUGGGCCGGGCCACUGACCGUGAACACCGAGGCCCAGCAGCUGCUGAGGGAGUUUGAGGAGGCCACAGGGGAGGUGGGUUGGGGCACAGGCGAGGGCAGGCUGGGGCGUAAGCGCAAGCAGUCGCUGCCAAAGCGGGUGGCCAAGGUCCCUCGGGUCUCCAGCACCCUGCUGCUGACCCAGGAAGAGCAGGGUGAGCUGGAACCCCUCAAAGGCAACUUUGACUGGGAGGCCAUCUUCGAGGCCAGCACUCUGGGCGGGGAGCUGAGCACGCUGGAGGCCCUGGAGCUGAGCCCACCACUGAGCCCCGCCUCCCACGGAGAUGUGGACCUCACCGUCCACGGCCGCCACAUCGACUGCCCUGCGACCUGGGGGCCUCCGGUGGAGCAAGCCACCGCUGACAGCCUGGACUUCGACGAGACCUUCCUGGCCACGUCGUUCCUGCAACACCCCUGGGACGAGAGUAGCAGUGGCUGCCUGCCUCCAGAGCCCCUCUUUGAAGCAGGGGAUGCCACCCUAGCCGCUGACCUGCAGGACUGGGCCAGCGUGGGUGCCUUCUUGUAAGAGGCCAGGCCUUGCCCUGCCUCUGGACAGUGCCCGAGUCAGGGCCCAGAACUGCCCUCCAACAUUGCCCACAGACAUCUUGCUGCCCAGGCAGGGGCUGGGCCAAGUUUUUCCCAAGGCUGGCUCCACAAAGCCACAGUGCUGUCAGCCCAGGUUGUCCCCAGAUUCAAGCCCAGGAGGCUGAGACCUGGGAGCCGCUGCCUCCCCGUCAGCCCCUACACACAGUGUUUUAUUGAUCCGAGUUCCUCCACUGCAGGGACAGGAUAACACAACAGGCCCUGCACCUUGAGCACUGAGGCCUGAAAGGGUCCUCUCAGAGUGCCUCCCUCUGCUCUGCCACCUCUCCCACUCCCUCCUGCUUCCCCAGGUCUCUAUCCAGAGAAAGUUCCCAGGUACAACAAAUGCUAAUUAGGUGGCAGUAAAUUAACCCCCUGGAGGCUUCUCCUGGCAGAGCCUCCCUAAGGGCCGGGGUGGCAGUGGCUGGGGCAGAGCUGACAGAGGACUAGCUGGGGGAGGGGUGCAGAGAGGAGCCUGAAGGGAUGUGGGGGUGCAAGGUGGGGCACAGCAGUGUUCUGCAGGGCCUCUGGGGUCUUCACCUGCCUGGCCCCAUCUAUAGGGGAAAGAAAGUCCAGGCUGCAAAUUCCCUAAUCUGAAGCCUGAUU